UAGUUACCACUAUUACCAAUCGACAAAAUCUAUUUCGGCGCGAAAAAUAAAAUUUAAAUUCAAAUCGAAUUAUAUUGUUAUAAAACAAGUUUUGAAUAAACUUUGUAUAUGAAAAUAAAGUAUGUUUUGUUUAAAAGCAAUAAGAUUAGUAACGUCAAUUAUGACGUUUUGAAAUAUAAUAUGAUUGAAUAUUGAUGCAACAAGGUUUUUGAAAGGGUAAAGUGGGUUUUCAAUAAAAUCGAAAUGCCGUUCCUAAAAGCGAGAUCCGCUCUCGUCUCGCGGAUGGAAAGGUUAGAAAAUUCAGCUAGAAAAAAUGGAUGGAGACAUGCUUUUUUUACUCCGUUUAAUGAUCGCUAUAUUGGACAAUGGAAAAGAGAUGUAAAAGAAGGUAAAGGAUCCCUUUUGACUCGUAGUGGUCGACUUUAUGAAGGCGAUUGGGAACGAGGUUACCGUCAUGGUUUUGGAGUAUUUUCAUUUAAAGGUAACGAAGACAUCCUUACUCUAUUAUACAGAGGUGAUUGGAAAAAUGGAAAAAUGUCUGGAGAUGGUGAACUACAUUAUCCUGAUGGAAGUUUUUAUAAAGGCGCUAUGAAAAACAGCAAAAGACAUGGAUAUGGACAAAUGUGGUACGCCGACGGAUCAUUUUUCGAUGGCGAUUUUUACAAAGAUUUACGAGAAGGAUUAGGAUUAUUUGUUUACUCGAACGGAAAUAGAUACGAAGGGUUUUGGUUACACGACUUAAAACAUGGAAAAGGGAGGAUAUAUCAUUUAGAUAGCGGACAGUUACAAGAAGGUGUUUGGGUAGAGGAUUAUUGUAUAUAUAGUACAAUUGAGGAUAUUCCAUUUAGACAAACUUCUGUUACACCAACACCGUAUCCAGUUGAUAAAAUAAAAUUAUUACAACCAGAUUGCGUAUGUACAAGAAGAGAAGCUGAAGUUUUAGAAGGAAACAUAAAAAUUUGCGAUGUUGCUGAACCUUGUUCUGAAUCUUACGAAGGUGAAUCUACACCGAUAAUUGAUGUUGUAAAUUGAUCAAAAGCAAUUAAAUUAGUAGUAGUAAUCCAAAAUUUACAGAAAAUUUCGAAUAAAUUUAAUAAAGAAAGUAAUAUGUAGUAACUUA